AUGCUGCUGGGCGCGAACACGGUUUCGAGUUCGUUCACUAUCAACACGUCUUUGUUUAGUUUUGGCAGCGUUCACAAAAUAAUGUACCCGAGCCCCGAAGAAGCUGCUGCCGUGAAGGCUGCGGAGGCCCUCAUGAUCACAACAAUGGCCAGGUAUGAUCCUUCGCACGACGCAUUUCACGUACAACGCGUUAGAAAGACUGCUCUGAGCCUCGCACGGGCCGUCUCUGCCGACCCAAAUGCAUUCGCGAAACCGGACCUGCUUGUCGUAGAAAUUGCGGCGCUGCUUCACGACGUCCUAGACAAGAAAUACGUGUCUGCUGCGGAGGCCGCGGAUCCUUACGCGUUUUUCCUUGUCUUCUUUCAAGAAAUUGCUACAGCUCAUGGUAUCGACCUUGUGCAAGAUGGCCGCGCGCGGACCAUCGCCAAGAUUGUGGACAAUGUUUCUUGGAGCACGGAAAAGCGUCUGCGUAAAGAAGGUCUACUUGAGGACUGGCAUGAGCAAUGUGUGGAACUGCAUUGCGUGCAAGACGCAGACAGGCUGGAUGCCAUUGGAGCAUUCGGCAUCAUGCGUUGUGCAGCAUUCAGCGCCGCGACAAAUCACCCCCUGCAUACACCUGUUGACGACCCUGCACAUGCCUCCUCCGCUGUCCAGCACUUUCACGAUAAAUUGCUGCACAUACGAGAAAGACUGAAGACGAAGCAAGGAAAGCAGCUAGCUGAGAAGCGCCACAAGCUGAUGCUGGAUUUCCUACAGGGCGUCGAUGAUGAAUACAAUAUUGGGCACUGA